AUGACAGAGAUUCUCAACAUCGGGGACAAGCCGAUCUUUGAUGAUCGCACCGUCAAGAUCGAGACUCACACGUACAAUCCGUAUGCCAACAUAACGUUUGGAUACAGCGAUGAGAUACGAAUACCCAUACAGCAACAGGAUCUGUACACGUUACCAUGCGAGAGUUUUCUCUACGUCGAGGGUAAAUUAACGAUAAAGAAACCCGCAGCGAAUAAGCAUGUGGUAUUGGAGAACAAUUGCGUAGCAUAUAUUGGUUACUCGAAAGGGAGGGGAAAUAAUACUCUGUACAAAUACUGGGGAACCCAUAGGCUGUUGUGUUCCGUCGUAUAG